ACAACGUUACGGACUCUCGUCGGGCAAACAACUUCUCGGCAUUUGUCUAAAAUAGUUCAAACACCUGGAAUACAAUCCAAUAACAAAAUCAUCAACAAUUCCAGGAAAAAAUUCAAUUAGUAGCUGCAUAAAAUCUCUACACUAAAUUAGUUUCAGUCGUCACGGAGCUUAGUCCAAAAACUGCAGUAAGUGUCCUUAAAUCCCGUUAGCAUGGAGUGCUUAUUAUCGGAGGAAGCCAAGGAACAAAAGCGAAUCAAUCAGGAAAUCGAGAAACAGCUGCGUCGUGAUAAGAAAGAUGCCAGACGUGAACUCAAGCUACUUCUACUAGGCACUGGUGAAUCUGGAAAAUCGACCUUCAUUAAACAGAUGCGUAUUAUCCACGGUAGUGGUUAUUCAGAUGACGACAAGCGUGGUUAUAUUAAACUGGUGUUCCAAAACAUAUUCAUGGCCAUGCAGUCCAUGAUCAAAGCCAUGGAUAUGCUCAAAAUAGAAUAUGGUGGUCCAGAGAUUCAAGAAUACGGUGAACUGGUGAUGAGCAUUGAUUAUGAAUCGGUUACACGACUUGAGGAUCCCUAUUUAAAUGGUAUCAAAGGCCUCUGGGCCGAUACUGGAAUACAGGAGUGCUAUGAUCGCCGAAGAGAAUAUCAGUUGACAGAUUCAGCUAAAUAUUAUCUGAGCGAUUUAGCGCGCAUUGAACUGGAAGACUAUUUGCCCACUGAGCAGGAUAUUCUGCGUGCUCGUGUUCCCACGACUGGAAUACUUGAGUAUCCCUUUGAUUUGGACGGCAUUGUUUUCAGAAUGGUUGACGUCGGAGGUCAGCGUUCAGAGAGAAGAAAGUGGAUUCAUUGCUUUGAAAAUGUUACUUCUAUUAUAUUUUUGGUGGCGCUAUCUGAAUACGAUCAAUGCUUGAUGGAAUCUGAUGAGAAUCGUAUGGAAGAAUCAAAGGCUUUAUUUAAAACUAUCAUUACAUACCCGUGGUUCCAAAACUCAUCGAUUAUUCUCUUUAUGAACAAGAAAGAUUUGUUUGAAGAGAAAAUAAUGUAUUCGCAUAUGGGUGACUAUUUUCCAGAGUUCGAUGGUCCAAAACAGGACCAUGCCACGGCUAAGCAAUUUGUUCUCAAAAAAUACUUGGCAUGCAAUCCAGAUCCAGAGCGUCAGUGCUAUUCGCAUUUCACAACAGCCACAGAUACCGAAAACAUCAAACUUGUGUUCUGCGCUGUCAAAGAUACAAUUAUGCAAAAUGCACUUAAGGAAUUCAAUUUGGGUUAAAUGCUUUGAAUUAUCGAGCUACUGACAUCAACUGUUAAACAACUAAAAUGCCUUCGUAUACGUAUGAUUUAAUCUUUGUUUUAUGAAAUGUAGUUAAAAUAAAAUUCUAAUAAAAAUUCAAUUGUUAACUAA